UUAUAAACGCGCCCUAAUUACCUAUCCCCUGACGUCCUCAGCAGCGGCGCCAGAGUGCUGCAGCCUGCCGGUGGGCUUAGCUAUCCCAGAUUAUGCUCCGCUCGCGGGCGAUUAGUUGAAUCCGCCGGAGCAAGAGGGAAAUUAUCCUGCGAUUUUCUCGUCCUCUCCCUGCCUCCCUCCCUCGAUUUGCCCGAGAAAUUUUUUUCGUUGUUUCCGGCAUCACUCUCCACUAAGCCGAGCCGCCCGCCCCUCCCCGCGCUGGUGCUCGUCGCUUCCUGCCCAAUCCGGCGUCAUUCGCCCGCACCCCUAUUAAUUCCCUGCCUCGAUAGUCGAUGGCCGAUUGCCUCGUGAAAUUUGCAGUUUCGUUGCCUCUCCGGUGUUAAGUACCCACGCCGCUAGGGUUCAAUCCCGGAGCACUCCCUGCCUCCCUCCCUCGACAGUCCGGAGGCUUGCCCGUCAAUCCCGGCGUGGCUGCGGGCGGCGGCUCGAAGGUGGUUUGUGAAUAGGGAGAUAGAUUGAUAGUUAGGGUUCUAGGAAUUGUUUCCGUCUCCCGUAUUAGAUGGAGGAAUCGGAGGAAGGGGUUAAUCUUGGGAAGCAAAUGGAAGAGGAGAAGGCGGCGGGGGAAUCGGGGGAUGAGGGUACGAUAGAGAGGAGCCACUCUAUCAAUCUGAAUACGGUGCCACCAGUUGCUGUGGAGGCGAGGAGCACUCAGGAGAAUGGUGAGACGCACGGCGCAGGGGUGUCAGGAACCAAGGAUUCAAGAACCAGGGAGCGAGAGCAAUCCGGUGAUGCUGAUCAGAAGAAGCUGCCCAAGUGUGAGCAAGUGGACUAUGAAAGUGAAGUUGAAGGCCGUGAGAACCCUGCCGAUAAGGCUGCCUUGGUUACUGUGGUGGGAAAUGAAGGGCAUGCUGAUUAUGGUGAUGAUGAUGAGAGAGCUCAGGUCCUCAGUAUUGUCAAGAAGGAUGAACCUGCAGAUGAAGUUGGUGGCUCUAUUAAUCCUGUCCCUGUGACAGAGGCAGGGUGUACAGAAGAGAAGGGCGCAAUAGUUGCUUCUGCUGGAAUUUCUGCAGUGCGACCUGCUGGUUCUCGAUCAUCAAGUUUCCAUGGUGUGACCAGGCAUAGAUGGAGUGGGAAAUAUGAAGCUCAUUUGUGGGACAGUUCCUGCAGAGUAGAAGGACGUAGAAGAAAAGGGAAACAAGAUGUGCCAAUUCCUUCUCCCACCAGUCCAUUACUUCCAACCCCUGAGCCGGCUUCAUGGCAGACUGUGUCCAAGCUUCCAUCCGUUCCCAAACUUGCUGAGCAAAAGUGCAGUGCAAGAUCAAAUGUGACGCUGACUCCUGUUCUUGAUUGCAAAGUGUGCAAAUUGGAUUGCAAGGCCAAUGCCUGGCCAGUAAAUUAUCCGCUGUCAAGAUCUUGCAUUGGACCAGAAGCGAACCAAAAAACUUAUGUUUCCCUUCAGCCUCUGCUUGCCAGAUAUUCUCCCCUCUAAAAGUGCUGUAAGAGAAGAGCACAAUUUGUGUAGCACUUUCCAGGCCACAUUUCACUUAGCACGAACUACACUCUUCCAUAGAAUACUUAUAAAUGUUAUGUUUCUUCAUUAUCGGGUCAACAUUGUAGUUAUUUUUUGGGGUAUCGUAUAACUCUAUCAUCUGUCCAAUUUCCCCACUUGCACAUUAAGAUUUUUCUGUGCCUUAUUCUGAUUCGCUCACUUACUAUUGUUGGCAUUGCACACUUGGGCUGCAAUAAUUGGACCACUAGUAUCCAGCAAAAAUAGCUCAGCACACAUUUAGUUGUGGUGAAUAGUUUGCUAUGCACCUAGUUGAAUCUCACAUUUUGUCGCCUUUUGGAUAUCUCUGGGUCUCUGUUUUCUAAGUUCUAACUACAUACUCUUAAUAGAUCUCGUUCUUUUUUUGAAGUAAACAAUCAGUCAUAACUGCAAAUGUAGCUGCAUCCUUCAUUAAAAUUUGUUCUUGCAUGAGCAUGAACAAUCGAAUUCUUACGUUUAUAUGGUAUGAGGAAAAAGCAUUACACAAAGUACUGUUUAUUCUUUUUCAACAUAUAAUUCUAUAUUCUGACCUUCUCUAGCUCUAGGGCAUAGGAAGAGUUUUUCUCCAUGUACUAAAUAAAUUUUUUAAGGACCUCGUUCCCAAAGUUAAAUGAUCAUGAGAAUUUCAUAGUUAAUUCCUUCUGGCUUAACCUACCUCGUAGCAACCCGUUUCUAUCUAUGGUAUAUACAGCUUUUCUGGACCUUAUAUAGCUUUUCUAUUAUUUCCUUUAUAUAGAAAUUAUAUUUAGUUUUUUUGUGGCAUGUUACUAACGAUUUCUUUCUUGCGAUGGUGUUCUCAUGUGACGG